UUUUGUAUUCCGAAAACCUCUCCCCCCUGCUAGCGUUCCUUUUCGGAAGUACCUAUACUUAUCUAAGCGAAAUUUCACGUCGUAUCCUCACUUCCUCAUACAACUCUUCACCACGUACAUCGACACAAUGGCGACGACCCAGGGUCACAAAAGAUCGCGUAGCUCAGCAAGUCCGGAUGCCUGCCCGGAUGCAACACCGAGCCACAAGAGACCUCACACCGAAGCAAAUGAAAUUGGGAUAGAUGCUUCCCCGGAUGCGACGAGCGGGCAGUCUCCCGAAGCCGAGCCGAUUGAGUUUUCUUCCGAACCCACAAAUUUGUGUUCGUACUGCAAGGUCUUGGAAUUUGACGAUGCGCUCCACGGAUCUCAGCGCGAAUUAGAGGACGGAACAAAAGUCUUUAAUCCUAAGGACAUAGUAGAACUCGAUUAUGGUGACGAAGACUACGGCAUUACUCUGAUAUAUAAGCGUAACGACACGUUUUCAGAGCUCCCUUUGCUGGCAGAGGGUGCGGCUGCGGGGUGUUGGUUCUGUGCAUUCCUACGAUUAAUGAUGCUUAAGAUUUAUGGAGGGACCCGCUACGGCAGAUCUGAGUAUAACAUUGACUUCCAUGAGCUGGGUAUCUAUAUUCGUGGAUCCUUUCUUGGUGUUUGGUUCACUAUUGGAUCCGAAAAAUGGGAUAGUUUUUUUCUUAAUAUUUGUGCGAAUUCUGGGGCAUGCGCAACUUGGCUGCAGAUCGAACAUAGACCAAUGUUCAGAAACUCAUUAUCUGAGGCUCGCAUAUCAAAGAUACAAUCUUGGCUCAGUAGGUGCGAAUCGACCUGCCACCCAUCGCUCAAGGAUUUCCCACUUCCAACUAGGCUCAUCGAUGUCGGGACCAACUUCAACAACGAGGCAAAAUUAAUUGAGACACGAGGUCAUACCGAAAUGCUCGGUUCUCGUUACGUGACACUAAGCUACUGUUGGGGGGAUCCUGAAAGCCAACUGAAGACGACAAGAGCAAAGCUUAAGAAUCAUAAAGAACGCAUACCACUCGAAGAGCUGUCUCAGACAUGCCAUGAUGCAAUUAUGCUCACACGCUGCCUCGGAAUAAAAUAUCUUUGGGUAGAUGCUCUUUGCAUUGUCCAAGGCGAUGAAAAAGACUGGGAAGCGGAGUCUUCGAGUAUGUUCGACAUCUACAGGAACGCCCAUUUAACAAUCGUGGAUUUAAAUGCUGGCACUUCUCACGCUGGCCUUCUCAAGCCGACAGGAAGACCUUCCGUUUGUGUUAAGUUAAAUUUACCUCGAGGCUCGACGAAAACAUACAAGGGCAUUUCUGGAUUGCCGAGGAGCCCUGGUCGGCCGAUGAUGUUCGACAUGAGAAAAGGAUGUCAUUGUGGAAGACUCGUGGAUGGACGUUUCAAGAAUCGGAAGCUUCCAGACGGCGUCUUUAUUUCGGAGAGAAGAUGGCCUACUUUAAAAGCCCCGAUUUUGUAGAGGCCGAGAACGGCUCCUAUUCAACGACGCCGAAACCUGAAAAUGGAAAAUGGGGUGACUGGCUCA